GCAAGCCCCCCAUUUCUCUCUCUCUCUCUCUCUCUUUCCUCUCGCUAUAUCUUCUUUUUUGCUCUGUUGCUGAUUUGUUUUCAAAUUUAUUUUUUGUAUUUGUCUUCAUUUUUAUUAUUCUUUUUUCUUUCUGCUGCUACUGUUAAUUUUGAAGCCAUGUGCUUUUAUUUUGUUUGCUUUUGAGGGUGGGAACUGAAGAAGAGAGAAAGGAGGAAUCUAUAUAGCUAGUUGUUGCAACUUUGAAAAUUCACAUGCCAACCCUUUCCCCAAACUAGCUUGCCUGCUUUUCGUAUCUGCUUGUGUAUUUUUUUUCUCUUGUGUGAUAGAAAGAGAGAGAGAGAGAGAGAGAGAGAGAGAGAGAGAGAGAGAGAGGAGGGAGAGAAAGAGAAAGAAAAGAGUUUUGAGACUUUCAUUCCAAACAGCACUGAAGAAAUGACUAAAGAAGAAGACUUUAAGCUCCUCAAGAUUCAGACUUGUGUUCUCAAAGUGAACAUUCACUGUGAUGGGUGUAAGCAAAAGGUGAAGAAACUGCUUCAGAGAAUUGAAGGUGUUUACCAGGUAAGCAUAGAUGCAGAGCUGCAAAAAGUCACGGUUUCGGGGAGUGUAGAUUCUGCAACUUUGAUAAAGAAGCUGGUUAGAGCCGGCAAACAUGCUGAGAUUUGGUCACAAAAGGCCAAUCAAAUCCAAAAUCAGAAGCAAAAGAACAACUGCAUCAAAGAUGAAAAAAACAAGGGUGGACAAAAACAGCAAGGCUUGAUGAAGGGUCUCGAGGCCUUCAAGAACCAGCAGAAGUUCCCUACAUUUGUAUCUGAGGAGGAUGAUGACUAUUUUGAUGAUGAUGAUGAAGACGAAGAAGAUGAGCUGCAGUUUAUCAAAGCAGCAAACCAACUGGGUCAGCUGGGUUUGCUCAGGCAACAGGGCCUUGAUGCUAGUAAUGCAAAGAAAGGUGUUGCGCCCAUUGUGGCAGCUCCUAACAACAAUAAAAUGAACAAUCUUGGUAAUGCGAAUAAUGCUGGAAAAAAAGGGAACAGUACUCCAAAUCUCAAUGUAGGAGUCAGAGUGAAUCCGGGAGGGAUUGAUCAGAAAACUAUGGCAGCUCUGAAAAUGAGCAAUGCUCAUAUUGGAGGUGGAAACAUAAAUAACGGUGGAGAUGCCAAAAGGGGAAAUGACAUUCAUGCCAUGAUGGGGCUUGCUGGUUUACAUGCGAAUGGAGCUAAUAUGGGUAAUGCUACUGGUUCUGCUGCUGCUUUGGGAGGCAAUCGCAAUGGUCUUGGAGGUUUUCAAGUUCAACCUAACAAUGGGUUUCAAGGGCCAUCGUCAGCCGCAGGGAUUCCGAAUAAUGGGUACGUUACUGGUCAAUAUCCAUCAUCUGUGCUCACGAACAUGAAUGGUUACAACCAUCCAUCAGCAAUGAUGAUGAACAUGAACAUGCAGAAUAGGCAUGUCAUGCAACAACAGCCCCAAAUGAUGUAUCAUAGGUCUCCUUUCAUCCCUCCGAAUACAGGAUAUUACUACAACUACAGCCAUGCUGCACCCUACUCUUACCCAGAACAUCCUAACGGCAAUGGUGAUCAUUCUGCAGCAACCCACAUGUUCAGUGAUGAGAACACUGGCAGCUGCUCAAUAAUGUAAUGAAGAAAAAUAUAUGUUGUAAAAAAAAAAAGGAGAGAACACGGGGGUUUUGACUUGAAAUUUCUCUCUUUUUCAAAGAAGCCAGUAGGUUUUGGACAGUGUUAUGAAUGUUUUAUGCGGGAAAAGAUAGGUAUGGAUGGGAUGUCUCAGUGAAUCCUAUCGCUGUAUUGUGUAGUAGUUAAGAUUAUGUUUCUUACUUUUCCUAUUCACCAGCUCUGUCUGCUUGUUUCUUUUCUUGGUUUUAUGGUCUGGCUUCAUUUGUGGGAGUAGUUCGCAUACCACAAUAUAUUAGUAAAUAAACUGAAAAUUGUUUGGA